UGUUGUACGGGGAAAAAACGGAAGGGGAAAAAAAUUGCGAUUGAAAACAACAACUUUCGUUCUCCUUUUUGCGUCUCUUUGUUUCGUAUUAUUCAAUCGUGCUGUUUCUGUUGCAAUUCCGUUUUUCCGAUUUCCCGACACUUUCUCCGCACCACCAUCAUUGCGUUGUUCGGUCGCGAGGCAGCAGUCGCCGUCGCCAUCGUCGUCUCGGUGCGAUGGAUGAAUCGCCUUCCGUCGAGUCGGUCCCCACUGGGGGCACUACCACCACAACCCCCAGCACCACCACCACCAUCCAGUCACUGCCGACCGAGGUGUUGACGGCCAUCUUUCACCACCUACGCGUGCCCGAUCUGGCCUCGGUGCGCCAAACCUGCCGACACUGGUACGAGAUAGUGAUUAGCAACCGUACGCUGAUGAGUCGGUUCGUGCUGUCCCUGCGCAACUUCCGGAUAGAGGACGGUUGCGAACAGUGCCGGGUGCUGGGCGGCACGCGCAGCACGUUCGAGAAAGUGUGCCUCAAGACGUGCACGGUCGCACCCGCCCCGGUGCUGUGGCGAACGAUCGGCACCCAGCUGGCGGAACUGUCGCUCAGCGACUGCACAAUCACCGGCCAAACGCUGGUGGGCGUGCUGCGGUGCACGCGCGACAAUCUGCGCACCCUGACGAUCAAAUCGAUCAAGCUUGACGACCACCUCAUCUACGACACACCGGUCGACUUCCGCCUGGAGCGGUUGCACACGCUCACGAUACGGUCCUCGUUCGUGUACGACGCGCUGUUCCACCUGUUCAAGCGCAUCUGCCCGAACCUGAAAGCAAUCAAGCUCACCUUUUCCUCGUACGAGCGGUGGGGCGAAGAGCUGGUCAGCUUCGUCGCGACGCUGCGGGCCACCCUGGAGGCGAUCACGCUCAGCUACACGAAGGCGACCGGCGUGAUACUGCAGCAGAUCGGGCGCAUCGAGCAGCUGCGGCUGCGCAAGGUGUCGCUCAAAUCGUGCUUCGCCAUCAAGGAGAACGACAUCCUGCUGCUGGCCCGGUUGCAGCCCACGAUCGUGCACCUCAACCUGGAAAACCUGUUCUCCGCGAGCGAACAGUUCCUGCAAGCCCUCAGUGCCUUCCUGCCGCAGAUGAAGCGCAUCAAGCUGCGGGUCGCCCGCAUCACCAACCUGCACCGGUCGUUUCUGGCCAACAUGCCGCAGCUGAACUAUCUGAAGAUAACGGACGCGACGCAGCUGAAGGGCAAUCUCGACCUGAGCGCGUACGAAAACCCCGCCCUCGAGAAGCUGUUCGUGUCGGCGGCAAUGUUUUCGCGCAACACGCUGCCACGGUUUUUCGAGCGCUGCCCGAACAUUCGCAGCCUCACGCUGUACCAGUGCACGUACGAGAACAUACACGAUCUGCAGCUGGCGUUUUCGCACCUGAAGGGGCUGGAGUAUCUGAAUCUGCAGCGGACGAUCGAUAUCGGGGAUAGCUUCUUCAACCGGGACGUGUUCGACACGAUCGUGAUGCCGUUCGAGCGGAUACGGUUCUACCCGAUCGCGAACCUGCGCAAGCUGUGCUACCUUAACCUGAGCCACUGCCGGGAUCUGUCCGAUCAGGCGCUGAUGGCGCUGCGGUUCCCGCUGCUGAAGAAGAUCGAUCUGCGGGGGCUGCACGUGACGGAGGCGGGCAUUGCGUCGCUCGUGCGCGACUGUCCCCAUCUGGAGUACGUGCUGGUGGACGCGUGCAAGCGUAUCUGUGAUCAAGCCGUGCUGUACCUGUGCCGCGAUCUGCACAGCCUGCGGCUGCUCAAUCUCGAGAGCUGUAAAGCGAUCACCGACCAGUCGGUGGAACAUAUCGUGCGGCACUGCCGCAGCCUGGUGUGGCUGAACGCGCUCAACUGUCCGCAGCUGAGCGAGGAGGGCAAGGCACGGUUACGGACGGUGCGGACGAUACGGUCGCUGCAUGUGUGAGGGCAAGAGACGCAAGAGCCUUUUCGAGGGGGCGGGUGCAGGAACAAUAAUCAGCAAAACCGUUUGGAGCGACAGAUUUUCCAGUUCGGAUCGGUUUUCCAACAGGAACACAAAACCACAACACCGCGAGUGAAGGUGUUUUUGUUUUUGGACAUUGGCGUGUAAAGUACGGAAGGCAAGAGAUUGAAAUACGGAUUAACAUUAGCCGACUAGUUAAAUUUGACUUUUAUGACGCAUAUAUCGUGAAUAGUGCAGAUAGCGGAUUCUUUUUAAAAUAUUCUUAGAUGUGCUCUAGAGGGGGCCGUUUCGUUUCGUUUUACCCCAUUUACUGC